GCUCGUUGUGUCUUUUAUCCAACUUUCGUCAUCAUCAAACUCUAAAGUUGCUUGGACGUUUCCCCUGUAUCUUUAUAUUCCAUACAUCCGACGACGCUGGCCGCUCGACGACUUUGCCGCUACAAACCCGAUAUCCGAACCGAUUGUCUCCAAUAUUACAUAUAUUGCCUUGGGAGACGCCUUUGGUCCACCACAAGCACGACAUCUUCUGGCUACGACUAUUCUCUCAUACACGCCAUCCAUAAGCUGUAGUGACCAGCACGAUCCUCAAAAUGGCCGACCAACAGCCUCAGGGCAAUGACCCAACUCCCCAACCUCAACAAUCCGCCGCCCCUACUCCGAUCUCUCUCCCAACACACAACUCUGGCCCCUCGCCCGUUCCUCUUCUCCGACCUGCCAUUCCUGGCGCAAGAAAUGGCGGAGCUCGCACACCGAGACUUGGUCUUGCUAUUCCCCCAUCACCCAAUGCCAAACCAGUAGGCAACCAACCAAUAGCCGCUCCUUCAAGGCCGCCUCUGCCAACACUGCAUCUGGCAACUCCCAUGGGCAGCCAAGUAGCUCCCCAAGAACAACUCCCUCGAUCUCAGUGCGUCACCCAGGCAUCGGCAGGCGGCGGUAGCGAGAGCAGUGCUGCUCACUCAAGGUCUGGUAGCUUCGGUCCCCUGGAUGGUCGGGCAAGCAACCCCACUUCUGCAGGAUCUCAAUACUCAGCUCUAUCCUUCGCCUCUCAGUAUGGCAUUGGUGUAUCAAGACCUCAAGGAACCCCAGACCCUGUGUCUGCUGUGGGAUCUAUGUAUUCUGAGAGAAGUGAAGGUGGCGUUUCUAUGGAGCGUGACGGAAGCUUGCAGGGAUUGGAAGCUUUUGACAAGCUGACUAUCGAGAAAGCCAGAACUCUUGAUGUCGAUGAUCUUGAUGAAGAGGGUUGGAGAAUCGCCAGUCUUGAAAAGAGAAUUGUCGAAAUUGGAAACCUUGGUGAGGGUGCUGGCGGCGCCGUCACAAGAUGUAAGCUCAAGGGUGGCAACACUGUUUUUGCUCUGAAGGUCAUCACUACGAAUCCAGAUCCUGACGUGAAGAAGCAGAUCCUCCGAGAGCUAGGAUUCAACAAAGAGUGCGCUUCAGACCACAUUUGCAAAUACUAUGGUGCAUUUGUGGACCCAUCUACGGCCACUAUCUCUAUCGCCAUGGAAUUCUGUGAAGGUGGCUCACUCGACAGCAUUUACAAGGAAGUGAAACGCCUGGGAGGCAGAACCGGAGAGAAAGUGCUGGGUAAAAUUGCUGAGGGCGUUCUCGGUGGUUUGACAUACCUGCAUACCCGACGAAUCAUUCAUCGAGAUAUCAAGCCUUCCAAUAUUCUGCUGUGUCGAGACGGUGCCGUCAAGCUUUGCGAUUUCGGUGUCUCGGGUGACUUUGGUACCAAGGGCGAGGCCAAUACCUUUAUCGGCACCAGUUACUACAUGGCCCCUGAGCGUAUUACAGGCCAGUCGUAUACUAUCACCUCGGAUGUCUGGUCAACAGGAGUUACUCUCCUUGAGGUCGCCCAACAUCGAUUCCCAUUCCCCGCAGAUGGCACUGAGAUGCAACCACGCGCCAACCUCAUCGAUCUGCUUACCUACAUCGUCAGGCAGGAUGUGCCAAAACUGAAGGACGAGCCUGAUAUGGACGUGUACUGGAGUAACAACUUCAAAUACUUUAUUGAGUGCUGCUUGGAAAAGCAACCCAACCGCCGAGCUAGCCCCUGGAAGAUGAUGGAACACCCAUGGAUGGUUGAGAUGCGCAGCAAGCGCGUUAACAUGGUGAAGUAUCUUUCUUACGUCUGGGGUUGGGGAGACCAGCCCAAGGACUCUUAGAAGAACUCACGAGUUGCUCAAGCCUCUGACGAGCAGAACUUCAACCCAGCCCAAGAAGGACAGGAUGCCGAGGAACCGCAAGACACUCAAAAAGCAGAGAUUGCUGAACAAGUAGUUGGGAUGUGGGAACAGCUUGGGUUCUUCAAUCGAAAACAUAGCUCUGAACCGUGACCGCUGUUUCUCAUACCAUCAACCGAAACGGAUAAGACUAUACUUUGCGGCAGCAGUUUUACCCACGCUCACGGUGACGCAAACAAAGUUGGGCCUUUGUCGCGAACAUCUUUUUACUGCUCAUCUCAAUAUAUAUCCAGGGUGAUGACCUGGGGGGUUCGCAAUCACAUGGACUUAUGAAGAAUUUUCGCGUCUCGAGAAUAUGGAGUCAUAAGUGCCUACGACGUCAACAAACUUUGAGUAU